UAUGCCUCAUAGGAAAAUAUAUCAGUACGUAGAAAAAUUAGUUCGUGAAAAAAAGAUCAAAUUGAUAGAAUAUGAUGAACUUGCUGAUACUGAAGAUAAGCAAAUGCCAACUGUUAAGUUAUUGAAUAAUAAGCUUGUAAAUUUAAGUUUAUUGAGAAAUUUAGAUGGAUAUGAUGAUAAGGCUGUAGGAAGUUUGAAUGUCGAGUUAAAACAAUUUGUACACGAUAACAUACUAAAAGUUUAUGGCCUAACGUAUGAUGGAACUAGUUAUUUCUUUGUCGGUGAAUACGCAGCCCUAAAUCUGCGUGUAUAUCUUAAUGAAAUGUUUUCAAAGGGUGCACCUCUAAAAUGGGAUAAGAAACUAACAUUAACAAGUCAAAUUGUUUAUGGUUUGAAAUUCCUUCAUGAUCAAGGUGUUGUUCACUCAGAUCUGAAUCCAAAAAAUAUCGUUAUGCAUGGGGAGAUUCCUAAAUUAACCAAUAUUGGGGUGUCUCAAAUCUGUCCAUCUGAUGAAUCUUCAUUUUCUAAAUAUGACCCUCCUGAAAUUUUGCGUUAUCGACCCAGUUGCGCUUUAAUUAUCGAGAAAUUAAAAACUAUUUCCCUCUCGGAUAUAUUUGUCAGGGAUAAUGUCAAAGGCCCAUCCGACUCCCGAAAACCUAUGCCUAUAUUUCAAAUAAAUAUUGAAUGUGAAUUGGAUUAUAAUUAUGUAUUAAAAGAACAAAAAGCAAUUCAACUUAAAAUCGACUUCAUUAAUCAUUUGGCAUUGAACAAAGGUCGAAAUCCUGAUGGAUUUGAUUUUAUUCCUGCAAAGAAAUCUAUUUUAUAUGAUAACGGAGAUCUAAGUGUAAUCAGAGUGUAUAUGCACUCACCAACUAUCUAUCUUCCCAAAAGUAAAAGUUCCCCUUGGUGGGAAUUAGAUAAGUUAAGUUUAUUCACGAAUCAACCCAAUGAAAUAGGGGAUUCAAAAGAUGAUGAUGUACGAAUCCAUGUACCAGUUGCAAUUGUGAACUAUACAUGUAGAGCUACUAAUGAAUUUAUCGAGAAUGUAAGAAAUGCACUUAAUUCUUCAGAUUCAUCAGAGAUUAAAAAGAAUCUGAAAAGGACAUUCAAUGAUUAUGGUAAUUACGUGGCCACAAAAGUCACACUUGGUGGUGUUAUUACUAUUAGAGAUUGGUCAAGAGUUUCUGCUGAAAGUAGAUCAUAUUUAAAGUCUUAUAUUCAACGAGGAAUAUUUUAUGGCAAAGGAAGAGUUUUGGAAAUUUUUGAAAAUGUACCGCUUGAUAGAAUACCACAACUUGAGACUUCAAUCGAUAUGAGAACUCUUGGUGACUUAUAUACUUGGUUUAAAGGUGUAUACGAUUGUAACUUUGUGGAAAUUAUAUCUUAUGAAGAAAUUAUUCCAUCAUAUGAACUAUUGCCUGACAAUUUAAGAAAUCAAAUAUUCAAAGAAAUGG